AUGGACAUCCCGAGCAUGGCUCACUACAGACGUGCGCUGUACCACGUAGAGUCGAACUUCUAUCGUCUCGACAACGCCCCUUUCCCGCGACGCCACGAAUAUCAGCCAGACCUUUCAGCGAUCCCAGUAUUGAGCGGCUGUGUACCCUUCAGUGGAUUUGGAGUAUUCACGGCUCUGCGCAAGCCGAGGGGAAGGGGAGGGAAGUCUAGAACAGCAGUACGACGAGGUAUACGCAAAUAUUUUAUACGUGUCACUUUAGUUUCUGAUAUAGUCUUGAUGAAGAAUCGCGAGGACUCUGAGAAAGGAGUACUAGAGUUGUUUUUUGAUGAUGAUGAAGCAGUUCUUAUUCCUAUUGAUAAGGCAGAUUGA